AGUCUCUCCUCUGGUCGUCUCUACCACCCCCCACCCGGAAGCAGAGAGAAGCAAAACCUCUCGCUCAAACAAGGUUUAUAAAAAAUGGCCGAUGCUGAGGAUAUUCAACCUCUUGUCUGUGACAAUGGAACUGGAAUGGUCAAGGCAGGUUUUGCCGGGGAUGAUGCACCGAGGGCAGUAUUCCCAAGUAUUGUUGGCCGACCUCGCCAUACGGGUGUCAUGGUUGGAAUGGGUCAGAAAGAUGCUUAUGUAGGAGAUGAGGCCCAAUCAAAAAGAGGUAUCCUCACAUUGAAAUACCCUAUUGAACAUGGCAUUGUCAGCAACUGGGAUGAUAUGGAGAAGAUUUGGCACCACACUUUCUACAAUGAGCUCCGUGUUGCACCUGAAGAACAUCCAGUUCUUCUUACUGAAGCACCUCUCAAUCCUAAGGCUAAUAGAGAGAAGAUGACCCAGAUCAUGUUUGAAACUUUCAAUGUGCCUGCCAUGUAUGUUGCUAUCCAGGCAGUUCUUUCACUCUAUGCCAGUGGUCGCACAACAGGUAUUGUUUUGGAUUCUGGUGAUGGUGUGAGCCACACAGUGCCAAUCUAUGAAGGCUAUGCCCUCCCCCAUGCAAUCCUUAGGUUGGACCUUGCUGGUCGUGAUCUUACUGAUGCCUUGAUGAAGAUCUUGACGGAGAGAGGGUACUCUUUUACCACUACUGCAGAGCGGGAAAUUGUUCGUGACAUGAAAGAGAAACUUGCUUAUGUUGCUCUUGAUUAUGAGCAAGAGCUGGAGACUGCCAAGAGUAGCUCUGCUAUUGAAAAGAGCUAUGAAUUGCCUGAUGGGCAAGUGAUUACCAUUGGGGCAGAGAGGUUCCGCUGCCCUGAAGUCCUGUUCCAGCCAUCACUCAUUGGAAUGGAAGCUGCUGGAAUCCAUGAAACCACUUACAACUCCAUCAUGAAGUGUGAUGUUGAUAUCAGGAAGGACCUAUAUGGAAACAUUGUGCUCAGCGGUGGAUCAACCAUGUUCCCUGGUAUUGCUGAUAGGAUGAGCAAGGAAAUUACAGCCCUUGCCCCUGCCAGCAUGAAGAUCAAGGUGGUUGCACCUCCUGAGAGAAAAUAUAGUGUCUGGAUUGGAGGAUCUAUCUUGGCAUCUCUCAGCACUUUCCAACAGAUGUGGAUUACCAAGGGUGAGUACGAUGAAUCAGGUCCAGCCAUUGUUCAUCGGAAAUGCUUCUGAUUUGGAUGAAGAGGUUUUCCACAUUAAGGUCUUCAGCAGUUGGUCUUGUGUCAUAUGUAAGAUGUUUUGGUUGAUUUUGAAGCUUUGGUUUUAUUGGCAUAGGAAAGUUGGCCUAAUCAAUGUUUUAAGUAUGCUUUCUUGUUAGGUUUUAGAUGCCAAAUUCUCAUUGGCAUGGAGUGGCGUGUGUUGAAAAUGGUAUUAGUCAUAUUGUCUUGCUUUGGUCUAUUAUUUUUGUGUCAGGCCAAGAAUAUUUACAUUGUCGUCUUUCUUCCCUCUUGGGGAUUUUUGAGUCUUUUACUUUCUAAACUAAAUUUAUUAUAAGAGGAAUUUGAGUUCUUUUC